AUGUCUUGUUCCUUCAAAUUCAACAUCAUAUUCAUAUUACAUAUCUUGGCUGCAACACCCAUUUUAUCAUCACCAGAUAAUUCCUCAUUCAACAACUUUCUAGACAGUGCCAAGACUCCUGAGGUUUUCAAUUGGAUGGUAAGUAUCAGAAGGAAGAUUCAUGAGAAUCCAGAAUUGGGUUAUCAAGAAUUCGAAACAAGUGAAGUGAUAAGAUCAGAAUUGCAUAAAUUGGGUAUCCCUUAUAAACAUCCAGUUGCAAUCACUGGUGUUGUUGCUUUCGUUGGAACUGGAUUCUCUCCUUUUGUUGCUUUAAGAGCUGAUAUGGAUGCUCUUCCCAUGCAGGAAAUGGUCGAGUGGGAGCACAAGAGUAGAGUACCUGGAAAGAUGCAUGCGUGUGGUCAUGAUGCUCAUGUUAGCAUGCUACUUGGUGCAGCAAAGAUUCUCAAACAGCAUGAAAAAAAGAUACAAGGAACUGUUGUUCUUGUUUUCCAACCAGCAGAGGAAGGAGGUGGAGGGGCUAAGAAAAUUUUAGACCAAGGAGCAUUAGAAAACGUUACGGCUAUCUUUGGAUUACAUAUUGAUCCCGAAUUACCAAUAGGUGAAGUGGCCUCUAGGGCUGGUCCAAUAAUGGCAGGAAGUGGCUUCUUUGAAGCAAAAAUAAGUGGAAAAGGAGGUCAUGCAGCUAUACCUCAACAGUCUAUAGACCCCAUAUUGGCAGCUUCCAAUGUGAUCAUUAGCUUACAACACAUUGUUUCUCACGAGGCUGAUCCUCUAGACUCCCAAGUAGUGACGAUUGCGAAGUUCCAAGGAGGUAGUGCAUUCAAUGUUAUUCCAGAUUAUGUCACAAUUGGUGGUACCUUCCGAGCCUUUUCUAACCAAAGCUUCAACCAGCUGAGACAGCGGAUUGAGCAGGUUAUAAUUGGACAAGCUGCCGUGCAUAGGUGCAAUGCAACUGUGGACUUCCUUGAAGAUUGGGAACCUUUCAAUCCUCCAACUGUAAACAAUGAGGACCUGCACGAGCAUUUCGUGAAUGUUGCAGUGAAUAUGCUUGGUGUCGAUAAGGUUGAUAGUGCCAUGACGCCAUUCAUGGGAGCGGAAGAUUUUUCAUUCUAUCAAGAGGUCAUACCUGGUUACUUUUUCAUGCUUGGAGUGCGGAAUGCCUCACAUAAACAAUUUGAGUCAGUAUUACACUCGCCUUAUCUUGAAAUCAAUGAAGAUGGACUCUCUUAUGGAGCUGCACUUCAUGCAUCAUUAGCUGCUAGUUAUCUUCUAAAACAUCAGCAAGAUUUACAUGGUGUUGAGAGAAAAACUCAUGAUGAGUUAUAA